AUGGCCACAAUGAAUCAACACCUCCCAUACGGCUAUCCGUACCCAACUACAACUGCCACCACCUCGAAUACCUUGACCGUGAGCAUGGCUACUGCUACACCCAGUUACACCACGCAUCAUGGCACCAGCAGCGCAUUCAGUGAUAAUGCCAAUCCCAACGAAGACUGGACCAAGAUCUCGGAUUUGGCAGAGAGGCGGCGGAUUCAGAAUCGAAUCGCUCAGCGUAACUACCGCAAGAAGCUCAAGCGCCGUCUCGAAGAGCUGGAGCGCAGAGGAGCAUCAGAAUCUGCAUCGCCAGAGCAGCCUCAUGCAGAAAUAGAACGAACCAAACAGCAGACUAAUAAAAAGUCUCAAUCAUCUCGUUCUGCAAACAAUAACACGCAAUCUCGAAAGGCGAGAUCAUCAAGAUCGAGCUGGAGCUCGUCUCAGGAUCACCUGAGCCUGCCACAGCAGCAACAGCAUUCCACCUACAAUUCCAUGUCCGAAGAACGGGCUGGUGGCAGUGGUGGUGAAUUUUUCUACAGUCCGUAUCCCUCAGCAUACGGACAACUCAACGCCUAUCCAUCGGCACAGCCUCCUUUUCAGAAUCACCACCAACCCCACCACCUGGACGCAUAUCAAACCUCCCCGCAACCUCAUUACGGUGAACUACCUAGUCAGCAUCUUUCUGAUGACUCUGCUCUCAAUCCUCUGUGUAUCAGCUACGCUUCAAUCACCGGCCUGGAGGUGCCGGCUCCCCACUUUCCGCACUACAACACUCAAUUACAGUCACCGCCACUUACCAAUCCCUACUCAGACGGCUACUCCACGUCAUCUCCCGCCGGGUCGCUUGAGCAAUAUCCGCUGACUCCCGAGCCUACGCGACUGACCCCAGAACGUGUAGAGUUCUACUAA